GACGUCGUUGAUUGACAAUGUAACUGCUGACUUCUUGGCGGUUCUGAAGCGGGGAAAGUAAGAGAACUGCAAAAAGUAUCUCCUUGAUAAGCCUUUUUUUGAAGGAAUACAAGAGAGAAGCUCGGACAAAGAAGACCAGGCGCCAGGCACUACUACGAGCAGCUGCCACGGAUUUGAUUAACGGAGAGGAGGAAGAAGAGCCAAAAGGGGACGCGGUGGCGAUGGAAGGGCUACAGGAGAUCACACACGAGAGAGCGAUGGCAAUGACGCGCUUGCUUCGCAGUGUCUGCGCAGGAAAUGCUGGCUGUAAGAGUUGGAGGCCCUUUGCCGUAUUACCGACGAAGAACGCAGAACAAUUCUAGCGCCAGGGCUGAGAUUAGAAAAAUCAUGCUGCAAGAUGAUGUCUGAACGUGGGAAGAAGAGCCCAAGGUGAGGACUAUGAAAAUGGACUCGCCUGCAGCCAAAAUGAUAGAAACUAAGGCGAACGAGCUGAAAAUGGUAAAGACGGCGCCACUUAGGUUCCGGGGAGUCUCCGUGGAUGUGAUCACUGCGAUCGAAGACGAAAAAACAAGAGAGCAGCACGCCGAGGAGCCUCUUCAGGUUACCUUGCCUGGGGUAGACCUUGCUGAGGCUCCUCCGUUAGUUAAGGAGAAGGGGGCACGAGUAGCAGAGAGUUGAAAAAUGUGGCACGCAAUGAACACGCUGAGGAAAGAAGAAAGGCCAAGCCUUAAAGGUAGCGAUGUGAAAAGAAGCACAGAGUUAGCAUAGAAACUGGGCGCGUCUCUUGUUGCAGUUAUGUGAAAAAACUGCAUGUUUGAGACUUGGCGUGACCUCCUUGAGAAGGUCCUUGCGACGAAUGCGCGUCGCUUGCUUGACUCGUGUCACGAGUCUUGUUCUCCCUUCUCUGCUGGUUUUGUGGGUGUUCGUUGACGUGCUUUGCCCGUCGUGUCUGUUAAAAACAAGUACAGACAGCUCCUGAUGAUGUGCCCGGAUUAAACAUAUUGAUGAUCCAGAGGUCUCUUCGGCAUACGCGGCAUGUCACCACGUCUUUGAUGUUUUUGAUGUGAACCGUCUAUGAACGAUUGGAUCCAGAAGUGCCUUAGGCUGGGGGUACAUACGCAAGUAGUGUGUAUAGCCGGUCAGAGAGUGGGCACAAGAUGCCAUCUCCUCGUGCCACAUCAUCGUUCCCGCACGGAAAGUUAUCAGGAAUUGGCCUGGAUGAUUGUGGAGGCAGUGGGCACCUACAUGAGUUUUGCUCUAGUAGAAGUAGCUCCCUGCUCUUUCGCUUACCUCAAGGUUUGUCCAGAGCUGCCAGU